AGAUUCCAUAAGAGCGGCGUGUAUCCGCUAAGUAUGGACGUUGGUGAAGUCCCGGUGUAUUGUCACAUGACCCUGCCAGCUUGUGGUGAAGGCCAAUGGACAUCAGUGAUGAAGAUUGAUGGAGCAAAGGUACUAGAAAAGCAGAAGAUCUCAUUGAGAAAUUAAAUGUUGUAAAUUAAAUCCUCUACGGAACCUGGAAUUUACUUGUUCCCAUUUUCGCCAUUACUCCUUAGUUGUGCUGAAUAAAAUUGAACCUCUUUUCCUUUUUUUUCUGUCAAGGACACUUUCAUAUAUGAUUCACCAUUAUGGAAUAACAUGGAAAGCAUCGAUAUUCCCGGCGGAAGCACAGGGUUCGACUAUCAGCAAACCAAGCUGCCGACUUUCUGGAAUACGCCCUUGACUCAGAUCUGUCUUGGAAUGAAAGUUAAGGACGAAGAUAGGUUUAUCACAAUCAAUCUGACGGCCAGUUCGCUGCAUUCGAUAUUUUCCACUGCUCAAUACUUGCCAACAUCAUUGGGUCGAAAUGUUUGGAAAAAGGUAGUGGGUCCUCAGGCUUCACUGCAGCAUUUGUGCAACAAAGAGGGUUUUAACGUGGUGUGUUCAGGUGCCAUUAAAACGAGAAUCGGUAUCAUUACGGAUGACGUGCUGAUGGUCUCUCCGUUUACUUGCGUAGGCUGUGACUCGGCUAUUACGUUUGGAGGCGAUGAUUUUCAAGUGUGUGGGAAUAAUGGCUAUAAGGAUAUCUCUGCCAUGGGAUAUAUUCUGAUACAAUAA